UUGAGUGACUUCUGACCAUUUUGAACGUAGAUGUUUCAGGUUCCAGCUUAAAGAUAUCUCCAACUUCUUAAGUAGACAGAUCUAUUCCUUCAAGUUGAUGUUGGUGGUGGCUUCCACACAAGAUGUUUGCUGUUGCUUUCAUUAGCUUGUCUUUGAUGACAUGGCAGCCUGGGGUAACCACACGAGAGAAGGUGAACCAAAGAGUCAGUCGAGCUGCAACCCCCACAGCAGUUGACUGCCAACUAAGCAACUGGUCAGAAUGGACAGCUUGUUUUCCAUGUCAGGACAAAAAGUACCGACAUCGGAGCCUCCUCCAGCCAAGCAAGUUUGGGGGAACCAUCUGCAGUGGUGAUGUUUGGGAUGAGGCCAGCUGUUCCACCCCCACACCUUGUCUAAGGCAAGCACAGUGUGGACAGGAUUUCCAGUGUAAGGAGACAGGUCGCUGCCUGAAACGCCACCUGGUAUGCAAUGGAGACAAAGACUGCCUUGAUGGCUCCGAUGAGGACAACUGUGAGGAUGUCAGGGCCACCCACGAUGACUGUCACCAGUAUGAACCUAUCCCAGGAUCAGAGAGGGCAGCCUUGGGGUACAAUAUCCUGACCCAGGAAGAAACCCAGAGUGUGUAUGAUGCCAAGUAUUAUGGGGGCCAGUGUGAGGUGGUGUACAACGGGGACUGGCGGGAGCUCCGGUAUGACCCCACCUGUGAGCGCCUCUACUACGGGGAUGAUGAGAAGUACUUCCGGAAGCCCUACAACUUCCUGAAGUACCAUUUUGAAGCUCUUGCAGACACUGUUAUCUCCUCAGAGUUUUACAGUGAUGCAAAUGACCUUCUUUCUAAAAUGAAAAACGAGAGGUAUAUGUCCAAUGCCAUAACCCUUGGUAUAGGACCAGCAGGCAGUUCUGUAAAAUUGGUUGGGGGUAUAGCCCAGUCCGAUGAAUCGUCCUUCCUGAAUAAGUUGAGCAAGUAUAAUGAGAAGAAAUAUGGCUUCAUGAGAGUUUUCACAAAGAUACAGACUGCACAUUUUAAAAUGAGAAGGCAUGGCAUUGUGUUGGACGAAGGCAUGCUCCAGUCAUUAAUGGAGCUUCCAGAGCAGUUCAACUAUGGCCUGUAUACCAAGUUCAUCAAUGACUAUGGCACCCAUUAUAUCACCUCUGGAUCCAUGGGUGGCACUUAUGAAUACAUCCUGGUGCUUGACAAAGAAAAAAUGGACGUACUUGGUUUUACUGAGGAACAUAUCAAAACGUGCCUUGGAGGGACUGGAGGCUUCGAGUAUGACAAUAUAGUCAACAUCAGAGGAACUCUAUCAGGAAGUUCUUGUGACAAGUCUGGAACCGGCGAAACCGGGGCAAAAGACAAGAAAUCCAUGGCAGUGGAGGACAUCAUUUCUCGGGUGCGAGGUGGCAGUUCUGGCUGGGGCAGUGGCUUGACACAAAACAGCAGCACCAUUACAUACCGGUCCUGGGGGAGAUCAUUAAAGUACAAUCCUGUUGUUAUCGAUUUCGAGGUGCAGCCCAUCCACCAGCUGCUGGAACACACAAACCUGGGACCUCUGGAGGCCAAACGUCAGAACCUACGCCAGGCCUUGGACCAGUAUCUGAUGGAAUUCAAUGCCUGCCGUUGUGGGCCCUGCUUUAACAACGGGGAGCCUGUCCUUGAAGGCACCAGCUGCCGGUGUCAGUGCAGCCUGGGUCAGCAGGGCCCUGCCUGUGAGCAGGUGGAGCUGGAUGGAGCCAAAGCAGAUGGCCACUGGAGCUGUUGGAGUUCCUGGGCUGGGUGCAAAGCAGGCUCCCGGGAAAGAAGGAGAGAAUGUAACAACCCCGAGCCCCAGAAUGGAGGUGCCCUGUGCCCAGGGCAGAGAGUGCAGACCAAGGCCUGCUGAGUACCUCUCUCUGGAUGUGGGCUGGGAAGGAGGCUGCAGAAGCCCCCAACCUGCUGGGGAGGAAUUCUGUCUGCUCAGAGCAAACACAAACCAUCAAAGCCCGUUCUUUUCAUCUACUCAUGACUUUUUUCUAACAUGAACCUCAGAAUUUUUUUCUGCCUCUACCCAUUGCCCAGUUCCAAUGCCGUCUCCUUGUUUCAGACAUUUGUUCAGCUUUCAGUAUCAUCUUUCUGUUCUAUUUAGGAUGCUAUUACAAUAAACUGUAUCUUAGAAGCAUCAGAAA